AUGGCGCCGCUGGGUAUGCUGAAAAACGUUGUGCGGGCACCCAUGUCGUUCUUUGACACAACACCUGGUGGGCGUAUCGUCAACCGAUUCUCCCGUGACGUGGAGAUCACAGACAACAUGCUCCCGGGCACCAUGAGACAGGUUUUGAACUGCGCAGGUCGUGUUCUGACGACUAUCAUCACUAUCAGCUACGGCACGCCCAUUUUCCUAAGCGUCAUGGUACCAUUGGCUAUACUUUACGUUCUCAUACAGGUCGUGUACAUCCCCACAUCCCGUCAGUUGCGGCGCAUCGACUCCAUCACUCGCUCCCCCAUCUACGUGCACUUCUCCGAGACUCUGAGUGGUGCCUCCUCCAUCCGGGCGUACCGCGCCCAGGACCGAUUUAUACGUCAAUCCAAGGAAAAAGUGGACCACAACUUCAAGUUCUACUUCGCAGGAAUCGCCGCCUCCACAUGGCUGGGCUUCCGACUCCAAUUGCUAGGUAACAUAGUUGUGUUUGCGGCCGCCAUUUUUGCUGUUGCAAGCACUGAUAUCGAGACGGGUCUCGUGGGUCUGUCAGUGUCCUAUGCAAGUCAGAUGACCGGAGCCCUUGAGUUCUUGGUGAACAUGAUGAGUGAGGUGGAAACGAACAUUGUGUCAGUGGAGCGUAUCAAGGAGUAUACGUACACCCCUAGGGAGGCCACCUGGAUCAUCGAAGAGAAGCGGCCUGACCCGUCCUGGCCCCAGCUUGGGAACGUGGAGUUCCAGGGCUACGAGACCAGGUACAGACCUGGCCUUGACCUUGUGCUCAAGGGACUCUCCUGUACCAUCAAAGGCGGAGAAAAGAUCGGUAUCGUGGGCCGCACGGGCGCGGGCAAGUCUUCCAUGACUGUGGCUUUGUUCCGCAUCAUCGAGGCGGCCGGCGGGAAGAUCGUCAUAGACGGCCUGAACAUCUCAGACAUGGGGCUACAUGACCUCAGGAGUAAACUCACUAUACUGCCACAGGUAGCUCAUGCUGUUUGUUUGUCCGUCUGUCUCGUGGGUCAGCGUCAGUUGGUGUGUUUGGCACGGACUCUGUUGAGGAAGACCAAGAUCCUGGUGCUGGACGAGGCCACAGCGGCUGUGGACUUUGAGACAGACGAGCUCAUCCAGAAAACCAUCAGGACACAGUUCCAGGACAACACGAUACUCACCAUUGCUCACAGACUCAACACAAUACUCGAUUAUGACAGAGUCAUGGUGCUGGACCAAGGCUUGAUCAAGGAGUUUGAUGCUCCCAACGCUCUACUUUCUGACAAAAAUGGUGUCUUUUACGGCAUGGCCAAAGAUGCUGGACUUGUUUAGUGGAUAGUCCAUCAGCACCUGUCAAAAGGAACUUGAAAGAGAGAGAG